AUGUCUAACAGUGAGCACAACCAAGACUUCCAGAUGGUGGAGCAAAUGGAAGAGACGGGCGAAAGAAAAGCUGGCGAUGGAAAAGGUCCAGAGUUCAACCCAAGUGGAGGCAAGGGGUCCCCAUCUGUGACUUCUGAGUCUACUCCCUUCCCAAAUUCUUACGUCAACCUGCAUGCCAUGAGGAAAUUCUUUGUUACAAGGCCAGGAGCAUUUGACCAAGCCAUAGAAGAUCUAAAAAUCCAUGUGGUCAAGAAUUCGGGGGAAACUGCUCAGAGCUUCUGGCUUUUGUCCGAGAUAGAUCACUGGAACAACGAGAGGGAGCGUGUCAUGGUGAUCACAGAUGCCAACCUCCUGGUCUGCAAAUAUGACUUCAUAAUGCUCAGCUGUCUCCAGGUGCAGCGGAUCCCCCUGAGCUACAUCGACCGUAUCUGCCAUGGCCAGUUCACCUUUCCUGAGAGGUCCCUGGACAAGAGGGAGGGAGAAGGCCUGAGAAUCUACUGGGAUAAUCUGAAAGAGCCAUCUGCCCUGUCCCGUUGGAAUCCAUGGGCCACGGAUAUCCCUUAUGCAACUUUCACAGAACAUCCAGUGAAGAACAGCAGCGAAAGGUUCAGUGCCAUCUGCCAGAUGUCCGAGUUCGCUGCUCAGUUGGUCCGGGCCGUUCAGACCGCCCAGAGCAAGAACCCGGCGCCAGGCAAAACCAGCGGCGUUGUGGUCCUGAAUCAACCCCUCCUGAUCGACACCUACAUGGGUUUUAUGUCUUUCAUUGGGAACCGAAACAAACUUGGUUAUUCCCUUGCCCGUGGGAGUGUUGGCUUUUGA